GAGCGUGCUUUCUGUUUUCUUUCGUUUUUGAUUGGGUUGUUAUGUAUUUAUUGUUGUUAAUAUUUUAUUUUUCAGAAUUUUCCUAUUCUUUUGUCAUUAUAGAUAGGGAUUUCAUUGCGAGAGAGAUUUUAAUUUAAUACAAUGCAUUGUUAUGUGACUAAUUGUUCUAGUUGUUAUAAAGAGGAUGGUGACAUUACAUUUCACAUAAUACCAUAUGACCAAAAGGAGGUCUGGUUUAGGUUGAUUGGAAAAACUUUCCACCCUCUCUUGAUGAAAAGUGAUCAGAGAAUAUGUUCCAAACAUUUCACUCAAGAUGAUUUUCAUUUCACUGACAACAAAAAAAUAUUGAAAAGUGGAAGAGUACCUAGCAUGAAUUUGCCUCAAACAGAAUCUGUUCACAAUGAUCCCACAGAAACUCCAAGGAUGGCUAAUUCUUCAUCCACUACUGAAGAUGAUCUCAGUUCUGCCAAAAAUGAGUCUCUAAUCAAUAAAAGACUAUUAAAAAUGAUACCAGAAAUAAAUGAACCAAAAUCAGGUUUGAGUCCAGCUGCCAAUAAAUUUGUUCCACAAAGUAGCAGUUUUCAAGAUAUAUUUCAGAGGAAAGUGAGACAGGAAAUUCUUACUGAUAUUGCUAUGAAAAGAAUGCAUUUACAAAGUGUUACAAAUAAGAAACCUUUGCAGAAAGCCACAAUUCGAAAUGGAAUACAACCUCAGUUUGAGAAAAUUUCUCGGGGCAAAAAAGCGAAAGGUUCAUUUGGGCAUUAUCAGAUUCCAUUAUCACCUACAAGAUCUUUACUUAAAAGGAAUGUACUGCCUCAUACAAGAUCAAUGUCAGAAAAAAAGUAUGACUCUCAAUUGAAAGAAGUAAAAUCUUUUCCAACUCAACCUUCACAAAUAUUUCUUUCACCAACACAUAAUCUAGUGAACAAUUUGCCUAAAACUAUAAAAUUUUUGGAGAAAUCUUCAGUGGCCUCAAUGCCCUCACAAGGUACUCAUCAGACACACUUCAAUCCAUUGAAGCCUUUGCAGCAAAUACAAACAGUUCACAAUGGAAUACAAAUCCAACAUCAUUUUGUAGAGAAACUAGCAGAACCUGAUCAAAGUUUAAGAACUGAAUUGAUUUCUAAGGUCAAAAGUCCAAAAGCUGCAUCAAUGCAUCAUCAGCACACUCCACUAGCAUCCAAAAGAUCUCUACUUGAAAAAAAUAUCCUGAAUAAGGAAAGAUUAGGGUCACUAAAAAGUGAAGAACAUGUCAGGUCAGCAAAUGUGUCUGAAAAUUUAAAAAAUAAGACAGACUCUCAAUUGAAAGAGCCGAAGCUUCUUCAUACUCAGGCUGCACUUAUUUUUGUUCCACCAAUUCAGAAUCGAGUAAACAAUUUGUGUGAAACUGCACAACCUUCAAACAAGUCACCAGUUACUUUUUUGCCCUCACAAAAUGCCCAUCAAACUUUUGCAUUUUCAUCAGUUACAAACAAACCUUUAACAACUCCCCUCAUCAUAAUUCCACAUGUCACUGAAGCUACGUUAAAUAAGAUAUUUGUGAUGCCACAAAAUUUGGGACAGCAGCAAAACCUAAUUUUACCUCCGCCAAAUUUGAUCUCAGGUAUGACUCAGCCCGCAGGUGUGAUUCAACCAGCAGGUUUGGUUCAACCAGCAGGUAUGGUUCAGCCAGCAGGUGUGAUUCAGCCAACAGGUGUGAAUCAGCCAGCAGGUGUGAAUCAGCCAGCAGGUGUGAAUCAACCAGCAGAUGUGAUCCAGUCUACAUGUGUGGUUCAACCAGUAGGUGUAGCUCAAUCAGUUGGAAAUCCCGCCUCCCAACUCAGCAAUAUAUCUAAUGAUACCAAAACUGCAGCUCAGUGCUUUGACAGUACUAAAGAAUGCAAACUCAGUAAUUCAUCCACUGAUACUGCUAGCGAAACCAGCUAUUAUAUUAAUAAAAAGAAAAAUAUUUCAAGAAGUAUUACAGAAGAAAAUAAUAAGAGGUGUCGUACAUGUUUGAAUUUGAUCUACCAUCAGCCAGAGCGAGCAUACAUAUCAAUGAUCUGUUUCGAAGGAAAAUCUGUUAAAGAAGGUUUAGUGCAACUUUUGCCACAGAUGAAUGUUGUAGGAGUAUCAUCUCCAAAAUGUCAUAUAAGGUGUUUGGAGUCGAAGACUAAUUCUGAAGAUAUAAAAUUGAGGCAAAACUAA